CAACCCAUCACCACCCCAAUCGCCGCCGCCAUGGUGGAGGCGCAGUCCUGGACCACCCGCCGCGGCAGCAACCCCCGCCUCGACCCCCCCUCCUCCUCCUCCGCCGCCGCCGAUCAAUCCAUUGACAUCCCCGUCACCCCCACCGCCGAACUCCGGCAACACCCCCAAACCUCCUCCGGCGCCACCACCGCCGCCAUCAUCGCCGCCUGGUACCUCUCCAACAUCGGCGUCCUCCUCCUUAACAAAUACCUCCUCAGCUUCUAUGGCUUCCGCUACCCCAUCUUCCUCACCAUGCUCCACAUGCUAUCCUGCGCCGCCUACAGCCUCGCCGCCAUUAAAUUCCUCGAAAUCGUACCUUUCCAGAAAAUCCACAGCCGCCGGCAGUUCCUCAAAAUCGCCGCCCUCUCCGCCGUCUUCUCCUUCUCCGUCGUCUGCGGCAACACCUCCCUCCGUUACCUCCCCGUCUCCUUCAACCAAGCCAUCGGCGCAACGACGCCGUUUUUCACAGCCAUUUUCGCAUUUAUUAUCACCUGUAAAAAAGAAUCCGCCGAGGUUUAUGCCGCCCUCGUCCCCGUCGUCUUCGGCAUCGUCGUCGCCAGCAACAGCGAACCGCUUUUCCAUUUAUUCGGUUUUUUUAUGUGCGCCGGUUCGACCGCCGGUCGGGCGCUAAAAUCGGUGGUGCAGGGGGUUUUGCUGAGCUCCGACGCCGAGAAAUUGCACUCGAUGAAUUUACUGCUGUACAUGGCUCCGAUCGCCGCCGUGAUUCUGCUGCCGUUCACGCUUUAUAUUGAGGGGAAUGUCGCCGCCGUGGCGGCGGAGAAGGCCGCCGGCGACGGGUUUAUGGUGGUGCUGCUGGCGGCGAAUGCGACGGUGGCGUAUUUGGUGAAUUUGACGAAUUUUUUGGUGACGAAGCACACGAGUGCUCUGACGUUGCAGGUUUUGGGGAAUGCGAAAGCCGCCGUCGCCGCCGUCGUGUCGGUGUUGAUUUUUAGGAAUCCGGUGACGGUUAUGGGGAUGAUGGGGUUCGCCAUUACUGUUAUGGGUGUUGUUCUUUACAGCGAGGCGAGGAAGAGGGCGAAGGGGGGCGGGCAUUAGCCGUUGGAUUGGAUUUAGAUCUCGGAUCAGAUGAACGGUCACGAUUGCUUUACCUUUUUUAUUUGUUUUUUAUUUUUUGCUGGUAUUUGGUCAUGGGAAUUGUUGUAUUCUUGAAUUUGAUGACGAAUUGGUGUAUAGGGAAGAAAAAGAUAGAAAAUUUUAAGAAAAAAUUGAAGGGUUUUGGGGGGUUAAUUUUUUUUUUUUUUUUUUUUUUUUUUUGGGUUUUAAAUUUGGUGUUGUUUUGUAUAAUUGUUUUUGGAUUGGGGGAAUUUAAAGGGUGUAAGAAGAGAACAAAGGUGUCUCCUUUUUGCUAUCCCCAAUUUUUGUUGUGUUCUUCACUUUGGAUUGAUUGAUAUUACAAAACCCAUAAAAAUUUGAAUAUUUGAUGUUAUAUUUUCUAUUCAGAAAACCCAAAAAAUUAUGUUGAUGAAUGAUAUAAGAGCUUAAAUACACAAAGAAUUGAUGAUGAUUCUUGGGAUAUAGAUAAUGUUCUUGUCCUUGUAGUUCUUGUAAUUUUUGAGGUUUAAUUACUUGCAUUUACAUGAUUUUUACCAAAUCUUGAAUUCGAAAAGAAGACAUUUUUAUUUUUUGUGGGGUUUAAGGUUAGGCAUGUCCCAAGUGGCAAAAUUCCAUGAAUUGCCUUGAUUAGGUUUAGUAUAAAAUUUGUGUCGAAUUUUAGUACUACUUUGUAAUAUGUCUUUUCUUUUAUUUGGGACCCUUUAAUGGAUGGUUUCUUGGAACAAUGUCACAUGGGGGGAACAAUCUACUUUCCAAUCAAGUGGUCGUGACCAUAUUUGGAUUGUAGUCGAUUUAGAAUAAUCGAUUUUUUAUUUUUUAUUUUUUAUUUUUUUACUAUUUAAUUAUUUUAUAUAGUUCGGUAUAACUUUUUUUUAAAGACUUCGAAGAUACUUGAUCUAGUUUCUAUUUUAAAUUGGAUUCGAUGUUGGUGUAGAGUCUUCGAAUUGUGGAAAGUGUUGACUUCUUGUUCAAAUAUAUUCAAAUCAUAUCCGAUCGUAGUUGAAGAAUCGUUCGAGUAGAAUUUAUUUUUAUCUUUAAAGAGAUGCGAUCUUAUGUUUGUAAUUAAUGAAAAUUGGGUUUUCUAUUUUUAUCAAAGGAUAAUUCGAUUCGAUA